AUGGACAUCAACUCGCUGCUGUCGCCGUCGGACUCGCCUGCGGGCACCCCUACUCCACAACCCGCGCCCUCUGCCCCGUCACCAUCAUUGAUACGCUCUCCGGGCAAGCGUGCGCGACGCCAGAUACCGUCGCGAACCCCAUCAGGCCUGAGCCAGCAGGUCAUGUCUUCGUCUUCCCCGCAGCCACACUCGGCUAUACAGCAACGAGUGCCUUCGCCGGGAUACGCCCAGAUUGCAAAUGGCGCAAGGACGAUGCACACGACAAUCAACACGGCGCAACAGGCAGCUUCGCCUCGUGAUGCGCGUAUGACUCCGCCGAAUGCGACGUAUCGGCAGGCGUCCACACCCGGCAUGGAUACACUCGCAGAUCUUGCUAGCAUGCAGCAGCAGCAAGCUGCGCGCCAGAGCUCUGUAGUCCAUCAGCGACCUGUCACUCUCCAACACCUCGGACAAAACCUCUCUGGCGAGUCAGUAGCCAGCAUCAUGACAGAAGCCUCGCCGCGACCGCGGAACUUUGUGACAAGGUCGCUCGAUCAGCAACACAUUGAUUGGCUUAAUCAGCUGGAUCAAACCCUGCUGGAGAAUCCAUUCGACUAUUACAGCCACGUCUCACUCGUCACUACACUACACCAGGGUCUGCAAACUCACCUGGCCUCGUUUGAUGCCGAUCCGAAUUCAUAUGAAUUGGUUCAGCCAUUGCGCGAUGCCUACAAGACCAUGUCCGACAAGUACCCAUUGGGUGAGUUGCUGUGGCACUACCGGCUGAAUGACGAGAAGACCCUGGCGAGAAAUGUGGAAGAGCGCAUGGGCGUGCUAGAGCUGCACAAGCAGGCGACCCAAGAUGAGCCCUAUAGCGCCAAGUUGUGGGCAGCGUACGGCGAAUACGUCAGCUACCUAGUCGCUUGCUCAUGGGAGCAGAUACCUCCAGAGGAAUGGCCUGAAGAAGAGAGGCUCAUUGGUCGAGAGCUCUUCCAGCCUCAGCUGCUGUUAGACGUGUUGCAACAGGGCGCUGAGAGGGUCAAGUACAACCUCCAAGAGAGCAAUCUCGUGUGGGAUCGCUACUUGCAAGUUCUGGAAGAGGAUCUAGAGCGAGGAGGGUUCAGUCAAGAGAAGGCAAUGAGAGUGGCCGCCAUCUACAACGAGCGGUUAGGCCAGCCACACGCAACAUGGGCAAAUACUUUGUCAAGAUAUGCCUCGUUCAACUCCCGGUACAGCAAGGGCCCUUCCGACCAGGUCAUGGAAGAAGCAGUGCAGAAGAAUACACAUAUCAAGCAACAAUACGCCAAUCGCGAAGAGUACGAGUUCAAGGUUCUCCAAGCUUUCCAAGCAGGCGACCAAGCAGCCGAAUACAACGCCGUGACCCGGUACCUCAAGUGGGAGAAGAGGACUAUGGGUGUGUAUAGCUUUCAUCUCGUCAAUGCGCUGUAUGAGCGAGCGACGCUUCGUUUCCCUGUUGACGCGUCAAUAUGGGAAGACCAUGUCGAGUUUCUCAUCUGGCAAGACAACCGGUCCGUAGACUUACUCAAUGUUCUGGAGCGUGCGACGCGCCACUGCCCUUGGUCAGGUUCACUGUGGUCUCACCGCAUUCUCACCCUCGAAGCGGAGAACAAGCCGUUUGAGGAUCUCGAGCUCGUCAAACACACAGCCACUGGAUCUGGUCUCUUGGAACACACCGACUUGGAUGAGCUCAUCAAAGUGCAGCUCGCCUGGUGUGGCUAUCUGCGGCGGAGAGCCUUUGAUGAUCCUAGAGCGACCGAGGACGACGUUGAUGUUGCGGAAGUCGGUAUUCGGUCUGCUUUGGAGUUCGUUAGAGAGGUUGGCAUGAAGAAGCAUGGCAGGGAGUGGACGGACCCCAAGUAUCGCCUUGAGCGCACGCAUAUGAAGUUUUGGCUUCAACGCGGAGACAUUGACCAAGCUCGGCGGAUUCAGGAGUCUGUGGUACAAUACCAAGAAGACUCAUAUGACUUCUGGUAUCGCUGCUACAUCUUCGAGAUGCUUCUUUGGGCGCCGAAUUCGACAAGAACCAAGCAGAAUGCCGGCCAAGAGCUGCGCCCACCGACCCAGGCCACAGCAGUGCUGGAACGGGCUAUGAAGCGCUUACAGACGAUCGACGAACCCGAGCUGCUCAUCGACAUGUACGUCAGUCAUUGCGAACAACACGAGUCAGCCUUGAAAGUCCGAAGCGCCGCAAUCGAGCGACGACGAGCUGAGCGUAUUGUCUCGGUUCGAAGAGAGAAGGAACGUGCAAGCGCAGCUGCUUCUGCCCCGCCACAAGACACGCCGGAAAGUCAGGUAGCGGAAGGCUCUUCUAAGCGGAAGCGAGAAGAUGGCGACGAUGAGAUGACCUUGAAAAAGAGCAAACAUGUAGACAGUGAGAGCACUAGCGCCGUAGCCAACGGCCAAGAGAGGAUUACGAGUGAGGCGCCGUCGGAGGCUCGCUCGACAGAGCCUAAGAGAGAUCGCGAACACACCUCGAUCAUCGUGAAGAAAUUACCUGCGGGCACGACACAGACACGGAUACGCCAGUUCUUCACCGAUGCGGGUACUGUCAAGAACCUCACUUUGAAAGAAGAGAAGGACAGCUUGACGGCCAUUGUGGAGUUUGAAUCACCUGAAGAAGCUAAAUAUGCUUUGACGAAAGAGGCGAAGGGGUUCGAGGGUCACCCCAUCUCCAUCGAACUCGGCCAAAGCACUACAGUCUACGUUACCAACUAUCCUGCGCAUGCUGAUGAAGCGUGGCUACGAAAGCUCUACAGUCCGUUCGGAGAGAUUGUCGGCAUUCGGUUCCCGUCUCUCAAAUUUGAUGCCCACCGUCGGUUCUGCUACGUGCAGUUCGCUUCAAACAGUGAAGCGAUUGCAGCAACGCAGCUUGACGGUACUGACGUUGAAGGCAUGAAGCUCAUCUCGAAGAUCUCUGAUCCCAACGCGAAAAAGAAGCGCGACGGCGCUACUGCUGAAGGUCGUGAGGUCUACAUAUGGCAUCUCAACUUCAAGACCAAAGAACGCGAAGUCAAGGAGGUUUUCGCAAAGUUUGGUAGGAUCGAGAGAACAAAGCUACCGAUCAUCAAGUCUACAGGUAACAACCGAGGCUUCUGCUACGUCGUCUAUGAAGCGAAAGAGAGUGCUGAUGCUGCUGUGGCGGAAAUGCAUGGGAAGGAGCUGUGGGGUCUCAAACUCAUGGUUGAGAUUGCGACGGACCGUCCCGCGACUAAACCAAAGAUCCAGUCAACCUUGGAAAACCCAGAAAUUUCUGCACCACGCGAGGCGACCCCUGGAGAAAGCGACCCCGUUACAGACGCCAACAUCAAGCCGGCGUCGUUCUUGGACCGCUCCAUUGCUAUCCUCAACCUACCCGAUACCGUUCCUGAUGCGCGUAUCAAGCCGCUCGUUGAACAGUAUGAUUUCAAGAGGAUCAAGCUGGAGCCGCAGCACGGUGGAGCCAUCAUCGAGUUCACGACUGUCGAGGGAGCUGGCAAAGCGCAGUUUGCACUUUCAGGAAAGGACUUUGAAGGAAGGAAACUCCGUAUUGGAACGGUCCAUGACCUCAACAAGCAAAAAGGGGAGUGGAAGCCGAGCAACAGCUUCAUGCAGCCACGCAUCAACCGGCCUACAGCUGCUCGCGGCGGACGAGGAAGAGGAAAGCCGGGUCUUGGUCGCCCAAUGAUACCGAAAGGAGCUGUGAAGACCAACGGCGAGGUCAAAAGUAACGCAGACUUCCGUGCGCAGUUCCUGAAGGCGCCCGCAAAGGACUCGGCCAAAGAGGAUGACAAGAUGGAAGAGUAA